GUUCUCUCGUUGCACAGCCCACGUGCACGGUACCUGACUAGGCCGGGCCUGAGGUUCGACUAGGAUACAUGGUGAUGCUCACUUGUUGGACAUUGGCUUUUGCUUGUUUUGGCUGACGUGAUGCCACUCCUGGAGAAGGUUACAAACUCUAACAACAUCCAGCUGGCCAACAGAGCAGGUUCUAUAAGAGGGACAGUGGAGUCAACAUCCUUUUCUUUCUACUUACAACCACUGCUUCCUACAGUUGUAUUGUCCAUCUCCAUAUCUUCUUCUUUUCCAUUUCGGUCAUCAUCACCAUGGGUCGCUGCAGUACUCUCCUUUUACUCGGUGGCCUUCUUGCUUCCGCUUCCGCACGACCAUGGACUCCUUGGGACACAGUCCAAACAGGUAACGAGAAUGCGGCCACGGUAGCCAAUGAGCAGAACAACGCACCACCUUCCGAGAACGCAGAUGCUGGGAACGUGUCCGACUACAAGGAUAUUCCUGCUUCCAAAGAGAUCAAAUGGGUGCCUUGCUUCGGCGGCAAUUUCACGUGCAUGAAUCUCGAGGUGCCGCUGGACUACAGUGACGAGGGCGCUGGCACCACAAACAUUGCUUUUGUCAGAAGUGUGGGUGGUGACGGAUCGGGACCUGACAUUUUGUUCAACCCUGGUGGCCCUGGGAGUUCUGGAACCGAAAGUCUUCCGCCGAACAUCGCGGUCUUCCGAGCUAUCUUCGGCGACGAGGUCAACCUCGUCAGCUUCGAUCCACGCGGAGUGAAAAACAGCGGCCCCGCAGCUUCCUCCAGCUGUUUUGGCAAUGAAACGGAAUUUGCCACACUAUAUUCAGCUAUGUCCGCACAGGAGACCUCUAUGGCUGAGCGAUAUAGGCUGGUCAAAGCCUGGGGGGAGAGAUGCACUGCCGUCAAUGCUGAAAGCAAAACGAAGUACAUCGGCACCUCAGCAGUUGUCCAGGACAUGAAACAUUUCAUCGAACUCCAGGCGACGGCAAACGGCAAGAAAGCCGAAGACGCCAAACUCUGGUACUAUGGAGUCAGUUACGGUACCGUGGUUGGGCAAACAUUCGCGGCCAUGUUUCCGGACAAGGUCGAAAGGAUGAUUCUGGACGCAAACGUUCCCGGUGAGAGGCACUACCAGGGAGAUACUUCCAUCGACCUGGUCGACGCGGACGCUGCCCUUCUCAGCUUCUUCGAUUACUGCGCAGAGGCCGGGCCGGACAAGUGCGCAUUCGCAGGGAAGGACACGCAAGGGCAGGAUGUUCUGACCAGCGAUCAACUGCUCGCUCGUUUCCGCCAUAUCCUCCACAAACUCGACAAUGAGCCUCUCGGAUACUGGUCUCUUGCCUCGCCUCUUCCCGGUGUCCUCACAAAGAACCUCCUCUUGUUACAGGCCUUCCAACUCUCUUAUACUCCCGGGCAAGGAUUUCCAUUGCUUGCAAAGCUGCUGCAGGAGGUAGACUAUGGCAACGCAACCACGUACAUGCAAAUCUCGGCUCCCGGCGAAGCCGAAGGGGAGCAGCCCACUGAUGCGUUACCUCUAAUCACUUGCCUUGACUCCCACAAGCGGCGACGACGACUGAGUCAAGACGAAUUCCUGCAAUCCAUAUUCGACCAAGAAGCCAUCAGCGAUUAUCAAGGCAAGGUCUACGCCGCACAAAACGGACUCUUCUGCACGGGGCUGAAUAUUGCGCCUCCAGAAAGCCAACAAUUCGAAGGUUUCAAAGAGACCAAAACCAAGGACCCCAUCCUUUUCGUCAACAGCCUCCGCGAUCCUAUUACUCCGUUGAGGGCUGCACACGAGAUGGCUACAUAUUUCCCCGGCUCGGCCGUUCUGGCUAUCAAUGGGACUGGCCACGGUUUGACCGCGGCGUAUGGGAAAUGCACACAGGAGGUUCUGACUGCGUAUCUCAAGGACGCGUCGCUUCCUGAGGCAGGGAAGAUCUGUGAUCCCGACAAGAAGCCGAUUGUGGACCAGUGAUUAGAGGAGAUGUAAAGAUAAUUUAGGAUUGUGGGGGGCGGGGGCAACUCUUUCUUUCAUCAAACGUCGCAUCGGACGACAUUUUAUUGUACCAUCUAUUCAGAGGAUAGACGCAAGGAUUGCUGUAGACCGCUAUUUACUCGGCUUCAAGUCGUUGUUCAUGUAUAAUAAGAUUCUACAUGGGCGGGCAGUGUUGAGUAGGAUAUAUAUUCGAACUCACGCGAGUACUGUAACCUUGAUCACUUUCUGUCUUAACAGGCAGCAUCACUUUCCGAUUUCCAUACCAGUUGCGUUGGAAGCCUUGGGUAGG